GCCGGAUGGAGUCCCGCCCCAGCUCCGCCCCGCGCCGCCGCUGCGUACAGCGAGAGGAGGCGGGCGGAGGAGGCGGCCAUGGUGCGCUCGCUCAAUUCUAUCGUGGCUGUGUGUCAGAACAUGGGCAUCGGAAAGGACGGGAACCUGCCCUGGCCCCCGCUGAGGAAUGAGUACAAGUACUUCCAGAGAAUGACCAGCACCUCCCAUGUGGAAGGUAAACAGAAUGCACUGAUAAUGGGUAAAAAAACAUGGUUCUCCAUUCCUGAGAAGAAUCGUCCUCUGAAAGACAGAAUUAAUAUAGUGCUCAGCAGGGAGCUCAAGGAAGCCCCAGAAGGAGCACAUUAUCUUUCUAAAAGCCUGGAUGAUGCCUUAGCUCUUUUGGAUUCACCAGAAUUAAAAAGUAAAGUAGACAUGGUUUGGAUUGUUGGAGGCACUUCAGUUUAUAAGGCAGCAAUGGAGAAGCCCAUUAAUCAUCGACUGUUUGUGACAAGAAUUUUGCAUGAAUUUGAAAGCGACACAUUUUUUCCAGAAAUUGACUACAAAGACUUCAAACUUCUCACAGAAUACCCAGGUGUCCCUGCAGAUGUUCAGGAAGAGAAUGGCAUCCAGUACAAAUUUGAAGUGUAUCAAAAAUCUGUCUUGGCACAAUAAAAACAAGGUUUUCUUUAGUUCUACAUGCAACCAGGCAUUUUAAAUUAGGAAAUCGUACUGACUGAAAAUACAUAAUGCAUACAUAUUACGUCACUGUGAGAAAAUCUACUUAAUGGUAUAUCUCAACAAUGAAAGAUCCUAGAUGUGCGUGGUCAGCAGCAUUUGCAGCUCCUACUCUGACAGUGAGAGCCUACAAGGAGAGGUGAUUACCUCUGUUUUAUUGCUGAUCAAUCUGAGAGCAGGAUAGGUUGUUGGUUUUUAAAUUAUAACCCAAAACUUUACUGACUGUUUCCCCAAAGUAUUUUUAAAGCAUCAUCUUAUGAAACAAUUUUGAGGGAAAUUCAAGUAAUGUCGCCUUUAACUGUUGCACUAAGUCUCCAUUCUAACGUCAGCAAGGGUUGCAUUGGACAAUUGCAAGUUUAUGCAAUUUAUGACUGUUCAACAGGGCAUAACAUUGGCUGGUUUUCUAUGAGAAGUUUAAACCUUCAUUUUGCGUGCUUUUGAAAAGCAAUAACCAAGCCUCAAGUAUUAAAAGAAAAACAAACAAACCAGCACUGAACAGCCACUGAAUUUCCGAUAGCAGUUCUAUGGCAGUGAACAGAUGCAAAGAAUAAUGUUUGUUGUCUCAGUUUUCUCUGUGUUCCUUUUCAGAUUUAAAAAUGUAAGUACUUUGCUAUGCUGAUCUCCUUUUUCCAUAUGUGCUGAUUUUUUACAUCAAUCAAUAAAGAUUUAAAUAUCAA